AUGUAGAAAUCUAAUUCUUCUAAUUCUUCAUCAAAAUCUAAAUAAAGUCAAAAUGUUUAGUUGAAGAACUAUAAACCAAAAGUUUCAUUUUUAAAAAAGCUUAAAACCGAAGAUUUUGCUUUAAGGAAAAAAUUGAUGAAUUAAAAUUUUAUUGGUAAACUAAAGGUUUUGGUUAAGGAAUGUUAAUAACAUAUAUUUAUAUUAUUAGAAGAUCCAUAAAGUUCAUAAUUAGCUAAAGCAAUUUAAAUGAUUCUAUUGUUAAGCAUCUUAUUAUCAUGUGUUACAAUAAUCGUUGACUCUAUUUAUGAAUCUAGUAAUAAAACCUAUAAUUCUGUGAGUUCAACAAUUGAACUAUAUUUAUUUAUAUUUUUUGGAGUUGAGUAUUGUAAGUUAAUAUGUUUAUAUUUAGUAUUACGAUUAUUUUCAACAAGUGCAUUUGAUAGAUCGCUCUUAUAAUUUAUCAUUUCUCCAAUGAACUUAAUCGACUUUGUAUCUAUACUCCCAUUUUUAUUAAGUUUAUUUUUAACUGAAGAUUCCUUUUCUUAAUUGAGAGUUCUUAGAUUAAUCAGAUUUAUACGAAUAUUUCGUUUGUUCAAAUUAUCAAGAUUCAUUAAAGAAAUAUCAAUGAUAGUAAUUAAUGUUGAUAUUAAAGGCAGAAACAGUGAGAAAUUCAUUAAAAGAUAUGUUAAUGUUGAUAGUGAUGCUAUUUUUAAUGGUUAUCUUUUUUUCAACAAUCAUAUACUAUUUAGAAUAUAAUGAAGAUGAAAACGAUCAAAUAAAGAAUCAUAUAAGUUCAAUUCCUGAAGCAAUAUGGUGGUGCGUUGUGACAAUGACAACAGUUGGUUAUGGAGAUUUUAUACCUUAAACUAUUGAAGGAAAAUUUAUAGCAUGUAUAACAGCUUUAUUGGGAAUUACAACAAUAUCAUUACCUGUUGCUAUUAUGGGAAUAAACUUUUACAGAACAUUAAAAGAAAAUGAAGAAACAGAUGAAAUUGAUAGAUUGAAAUAAAAAUAUCAAAUAUCAAAUGAAGUUGUAUCAAAUGAUUAAUUAAAUUUGAGAGAAUUAUAAUUUAUGGAAAAUCGUCUAGAAUAGUUAUAUGAGAAUAAUGAAAAAGUCUUAGAUUAUUUGGAAUAAUCUUAAUAACUUUUUGAUGAAUUAACAGCUAAUUUAAUGAGUUUAUACAAAGCAUUAAGUGAGGAGAUAGAUUUACAUUUAGAAUAUAGAAUGAAGAGACUUAAGAUGAAAUAAAGAGUAAUAUUUUAUGUAUUUUAUAGAUAAUGAAAAUAGAAAAAAAUAUAGAAUAGAAAAAAUCAAUAGAACUAAAUUAAUUAAUACAUUCAUACAGAGAGAAUAAAAGAAAGAUAGCAUUGUCUCCUAUGAUAGAUGAAUCAAGAAUGGAAAGUUUAAAUAGUGUACAUUCUAGAUUAUAAAGUCUUGGUAAUAAAAAAAGAAGUAUAAGGAUGAGCUAAGUAAAGCAUUUGAAGAGUUCAUGUCUAUUUAAAUCUGCUAAAGAAAUUAAUUAUGAUUUGAAUAGUGAAUUAAAAAGUGAGAAUAAUUAAAUUCAUGAAAUUCACUUUCCAGAUCUAAUGGAAGACACUCCACAUGGUGAUUAAUAAAUAAGAAAGAGUUAAUUUGAGAUGA